CAUUGAUUCAUUUUCAUCUGAGCGGUACUCCUCUCUAGAUUCUCCUGAGCUUUGGUUCAUCUCAUCUCAUAGACAUCCUCUAGGUAUGGCCACCACCAACGGCACAAUUCCUCACGGCGGGGACAGUUCUUCCGAACACCCUCUACCUGCGCCUACGUCCGCCAAUUCCCAAGAUAUCGAAAACCUAUCCGAACACUUCGACCUAACCUCGCUCUCUCCUUCGACGCUGGCCAUCCACGCCGACGACCCUCUCAACGUUGUCCACGACGUCGCCCCUCCCAUCCAUGUCUCCACUACCUUUCGCUAUGACAAAGACCCAUCGCAACUGCGCCCGUAUCAUGAGAGAUCUGAACCCAUCUUUGCGCCCACGGAACACAACUACUCCCGCCACACGACACACAGUACAUCACGCUUGGAAACGAUCCUGGGUGUGCUGCUGAAAAACCCUUGCUUGACAUAUUCUUCUGGGCUUGCGGCGUUCAAUGCAUUGAUCACCUUCUUGAAUCCGAAAAGAGUGGCCAUCGGCGCAGGAUACCAUGGAUGUCACGGCGUGUUGAGACUCCAUCAGCGACUUUCUGGGCUGCAGCUCCUGCCACUGGACUGCAAGCCAGAGGAUCUGCAAGAGGGGGAUCUUCUGCACUUAGAGACACCUGUGAACCCGACAGGACUGGCGUUCAAUAUACAGCAUUAUGCGGACAUUGCGCACUCACGAGGUGCAUAUCUCAGCGUGGACGCCACGUUUGCGCCGCCACCCCUGCAGGACCCCUUCAAGCACGGCGCAGACAUUGUCAUGCAUUCGGGUACAAAGUACAUUGGGGGCCACUCCGACAUGCUCUGUGGUGUCUUGGCGGUGAAACAGAAGGAGUGGAUUCCGAAGAUGUUGCAGGAUCGAGUGUAUCUGGGUUCCGUGAUGGGCGGUUUGGAAGGUUGGCUUGGUGUGAGGAGCGUACGAACCAUGGAGCUCCGAGUAUUGAAACAGAGUGAAACGGCGAGGAGGAUAGUUGAUGCACUCGACGGUGCUUUGACGGGCCAUACUGUCGGCACGGGCCUGUCUCUCUCUGACGCUGAGAUCAUCAAGUCGGUCGUCAAGGAGGUGCAUCAUGCGAGUCUGCAGACCAAAGAUUACAAGACCUGGUUGAAGAAGCAAAUGCCCAACGGCUUUGGCCCGGUGUUCUCUAUCGUCUUGAAAUCGCAGGAGUUCGCGAGGGCGUUGCCCAGCAAGCUCCAUCUCUUCCAUCAUGCAACCAGUUUAGGUGGGAUCGAGAGCUUGAUCGAGUGGAGGACAAUGACCGAUUCGACAGUGGAGAAGGAUCUUCUGAGGGUCAGUGUCGGCAUUGAAGACGAGAAGGAUCUUCUGGAUGACCUGAUCCAAGGCUUCAAGGCCCUGAACGCCAUCAAUGGAACAUCCGGCUAGAUCUCCCUUUCAUAGAAGUAGGGGAUUCUUGAAAGCCAAUUUGGCCUGUUUUCAUAUCCAUUUGGAAGAGUCUUGCCCGUCUGGGUUGGUGUU